AUGUACCGCAAGGACUACGAGCUGCGCAUCAACUCGGAGGCAGAACCACCCGACUGGGCGUAUCUGCAAUCCAUCCAGUAUUACUUUGAUGUCCUUGUGCCAGCGAGAAAUGCCGAUUUCGGCAACGACGUGCUUCCGCCGUUUAGUCACGACGACUGGAUCCACGAAACCUUCAUCUGCGCCAUGAUUUGCGAGCAAAUCUCGCGCGUCGGCAAAGCCCGAUCAAAGGGCAGCAGCAGCAUCGCUCCCACCGAAGACUUCCAGCCCAGGGGCCUGUGGGCAAGCUACUACCGCUACGUGCUGGAGCACAUCAAGAUUCUCAAUAUGUGCAUCCGCGACGAAGGGCGCUACGGCGGCAGGAACCGCGUGUUUUACUGCAUCGCGCGGCUCAUGUACUUUGACAUGGUGGCCGACGCAUCGUCCUGCCACGCGCACAUUAAUGGCUUCUUCACUUAUGUGCAAAGGAUCGGCGGCGCCAAAGCCGUGCUCAGUCUGCCCGUGCCCCCGAUACAGAGUUUCCGAGCUGUUUUGACGGUCGGCGCCAUGGCCAACACGACCAGCCCUGCGAGCCAGCAGAUCCCCGGGCCCGGCCAGCUGACCGACGACGAGAUCGCCAGCAUCUACGACUGGACCUUUCUCAGCAACCUGCCGUGCCCCAGCGAGCUUUUUCUCUGCAUCAUCCACCUGACGCGGCUGCGCGUCCGCGUCUUUUCCGGACAGCCGGCCGCCCACGCGACCGCCUUGAAAGUCCGCAUCCACAAUCUCUUUGACAAGAUAUGCACCCUCGACUUCGACAUCUGGGUCCGUGAAGCCAGCACCACAAGCGACAACGCGCCCGACGUCGCCGAGGCCUUUCGGCACGCCACGGUGCUGUACGGCAUCGUCGCACUACCUCGGCGCGCCGUCGCCUCCUGGGCCCGCCACCACCACGGCACCACCGACGAUGACGCGGUGGUGUACGCGCGGGUGCGGUCCGCGCAGCAGCGGGCGCUGCUGGGCGUCAUGCGGCGGAUGGCGCCCCGGAUCAAGUGCCGGUGCUGCAUCACCUGGCCGCUGGUCGUGGCCGGCGUGGCCGCGUCCGACGGCCGCGUGCCGGGCGUGCGGGCGUUUGUCGAGGAGAGCUUCCUGGCCAUGGCCGACGAGCCGGCCGAGGGCGGCUUCGCGCUGCCGAGCCUGCAGCGGCUGCGCGUGCUGUGGCGGUCGGGCCGGACGGGCUGGGACGAUGCGUUUCCGAGACCAUGCAUCGCGGUGCAGUGA